GUCACACUGCCCCAGCUUUGUGCUGGAGUCAGCUGGGCAGCGCAGCAGCAGCAGGGGCAGAUCGUCCAUGCCGUGUAGCCGCACGAGUGAAGCUGGAAUGGCCGCUUUCCCGCUGAGUUGAAUAAGAAGAGUAAUGUCAGGGCAGGGAGCCCAGUUGGACUGAGGAUCAGAGGGACGAAAAGCUGAGAUAAAAGCAGAGGUUCCUUGUAGAAUUUAACUUGGUGCUGGGGGCUUGGCAGUGGGAGAUCUCGCAGGCAGCAGCUGAGAAGAGGGCGUGAGUGCACUUCCCCAUCAAGUGUGGAUUAACGCGCUGGAGAUUCAUGUGGGCCCCAGACCUCCAGGCCAGGCUGGGGGAUGACGCUGUUUCUACUGCACUAGGAGCGCUGUGGGCAGCCAUGGCACUGGAGGGGAGCCGUCCCGAGCGGGAAUCCCCCAGCGCCGCGUUGGCCAGGAGGAGGCGCCGGCAUGCAGCCCGUGGGGUGGGCCGGAUCACCGGGGCCUUCCUGGCCAGGACACGCCUCCACGGGCUGAAGUACGUAUGCUCACAACGCGCCUCCCUCAGGCACCGAGCCCUCUGGUUGCUGGCGCUCUGCACCUCCCUGGGCCUGCUCCUCUCCUGGUCCUCCAACCGCUUCCUCUACUGGCUCUCCUUCCCCACCUACACCAAGGUGCACAUGGAGUGGGCCAAGGAGCUGGCCUUCCCCGCCGUCACCAUCUGCAACAACAAUCCCGUCCGCUUCUACAAGCUCACCAAGAGCGACCUGUACUUUGCUGGACACUGGCUGGGCCUCUUGCUGGCAAACCGGACUGCUCGGCCCAUCAUCCUGGACCUGCUGCAGAAUGAGCGGCAGGCCUGGUUCCGCAAGCUGUCUGACUUCCGUCUCUUCCUGCCCCCCCGCAAUUUCGAGGGCACCAACUUGGAGUUCAUGGACCGUCUGGGCCACCAGCUGGAUGACAUGCUGCUCUCCUGCAAGUACCGUGGGGAGACAUGCGGCCCGCAGAACUUCUCCUCUGUCUUCACUAGGUAUGGCAAGUGCUACAUGUUCAACGCAGCCGAGGAAGGGAAGACUCUGCGCACCACAGUGAAGGGGGGAACAGGGAACGGACUGGAGAUCAUGCUGGAUAUUCAGCAGGAUGAAUACCUUCCUGUGUGGGGUGAGACAGAGGAGACGGCGUUCGAGGCGGGGGUCAGGGUGCAGAUCCACAGCCAAGCUGAGCCCCCCUUUGUUCACGAGCUUGGGUUCGGUGUUGCCCCGGGGUUCCAGACCUUUGUUUCAACACAGGAACAGAGGCUGACCUAUCUUCCACCCCCUUGGGGGGAGUGUCAGUCCAAAGCCCUGGAGUCAGGAUUCUUCCAGGUGUACAGUGUCACGGCCUGCCGGAUCGACUGUGAGACGCGCUACAUCGUGGAGAACUGCAACUGCAGGAUGGUGCAUAUGCCAGGUGAUUCCCCUUUCUGCACCCCAGAACAGUACAAUGAAUGUGCAGAGCCAGCACUAGCAAAGCUGUCAGAGAAGGACAACAACAACUGCAUCUGCCGGACCCCCUGUAACAUGACCCGCUACAAUAAGGAGCUGUCCAUGGUGAAGAUCCCCAGCAAGACCUCCGCUCGAUACCUCGAAAAGAAGUUCAACAAGUCUGAGAAGUAUAUCGCGGAAAACAUCCUCGUCCUGGAUGUGUUUUUCGAAGCCCUGAACUAUGAGACAAUUGAGCAGAAGAGAGCUUAUGAAGUGGCUGGUUUACUGGGUGACAUCGGGGGGCAGAUGGGCCUGUUCAUUGGAGCGAGCAUCCUAACGAUACUUGAGCUGUUUGACUAUGCCUACGAGGUGAUGAGGGACAAAUUGCUUGACUUUCUGAGCCAAGAAGAGGAAGAAGGGAGUCACAGAGAGGAUGUGAGUACCUGUGAUCCGGUGGCAAACCACUCAGAAGCCAUCAGCCACACUGUGAGCGUGCCACUGCAGACCACGUUAGGAACACUAGAAGAGAUUGCCUGCUAGUGCCCAGGGCUCCCAUCUUCCCUGUCAGCCACCAGCUGGGACAGCAGACACAGGGGGCCUUGGGAAGGGAGGAGGGCCUGCAGCUUUGAGUGACACUGCAGUAUCCUUGGAACAAGAAAUCAAUGAAACUUACAGCAGAAGAAAACCAAGAGCUUUGUUACUACAUGCUGCACAGAUGGGAAAAAAGACCUGUCUUCUUGACUUAACUGCACUCUCUGUGAGUGGGGAAAGACUUGGACAUUCAUCCUCUUUUUGCUCCUGACAGACUCUGAGAGGCAAGGUCUCUAAAUUCAUGGAUGAAUCAAAAACAGACCACUGAGGGAAAUAUAUCUGUAUAGAUUUGUGUAUACAACUCACUCUGUCAUUCACAACCUACUGCCAAAACUGUACAUUUGCCAACUGUCCCACUUGCAUGUUGGUUCUUUGGAUACAGUGCUUUUUACUAAUGCCAUGACUGUUUUUUUGCUUAUGCUGUGUGUCUAUGAAAUUAAAUGGCUUGCGAGGUAAAGUGUGGUGCAUUACUAUAGGUAGCCAUCUUGCAAAGAGGGUCACAGUCAGUCAGUACUCCAACAUAAAUAGCUUUAUUUGUCAGUUAAAUGUAGUGUGUUACAAUCUCUGUAAUGUGUGGUCCCUGGUACACUCAUAUUUUGUAUGGCAUCAUUUUUAACAAGCUCAUUUAAACAAUUGCAUUGAAUAUUCAUUGCUCAUAUGAGAUGGACAGGAAGCGAACAGAAAUACAAAUAUGGAUAAUCUUAAGAGGUGCAGGGACUACAAAAUGGUGGUGUUAGAGGCAUGGAUAUGAGGCAAGGUUUACAUGCUAAAGCAAUCUCUGAACAGCCCACUCUACCAUUUACUACUUACUUUAAAUUGAUUACCUGCAAUGUCAUGGACAUAUAUGUAUACUACAUUACAUAGCUGUAUGUUUACAACUAUACAUACCAAGCUAUUUUUCAGUUUGGGUUAAAUGUGAAAAACAGCUGUUACUACCGUCAUUAAUGCUGUUCACAGUGUCAGCCUAACUGGGUGGUAUUCCAGUAGAGUAAAUUAAGGUAAGGCUUUCCUUUAGGGGUCUGCUAUUGCAUAAUUGUAUUUUUUAACAUAAGUGAAAAUGGUUAAAUCAUAAACAGUGCUUUCUUCAGAUUAGAAAAAUCCAAAUUAAGUCUAAAUAAGGAGUGUAGCAUUUGUUGCUGAGGGAUGCUUGGACCUAUCUGGUAGGCAAUCAGAGAUAAAUUCUCCUGUUCUUAAUAACUGCAGUAUCAGUUAUGCAGUAUCAGUAUGCACCAUCUGUUUUUGGUUUCUGCCAAACCUGAAAUAGAUAAGUAUAUGAAUCACUGUAUCCAGAACAGCAGUUCAAGUUAAUUAGUAGCUGGGUGAACAAGACUGUUUGUUCUGACAUAUUGAUAGAUUGGCCAUGUUCAAACAUGAUGAUGAAAAAUCUUAAAGUUAGAUGUCUUUAAUUUCUUGAUGUCAAAUGUUUUCAGGCAGCAGCAGUCUUGUCAUUUUUUCAGUUCAUCCAUUUUAGAACCAUGCUCUAUUUCUUUGUGCCUCAGUAAGAGC